UUGCUAUGGUAUUUCGGUAUAUUAAUUUAUGUCUGUAGUGGUAAAAAUAUAAAUUUGUUUUUAAUUUUAGGCUGGGAUGCUAGGACGAAUAUAACUCAUUAUCAUAUUUUAUUUUUAGCAAGUGGUUUAACAUUCUUAUGGACACUAAGUUUGUUUUUAUAUAUUUAUCUUAGUAUACAUAUGAUUGGUAGUAAAUUGCCGAUACUAUUCCCAUUUUUAUUAAUCGUAAUAAUAUUAUGUAUCGUAUUUUGUCCAUUUAAUAUAAUAUUUAGACCAAGUAGAUUCUGGUUAAUUCAUACUUUUGGUAGAAUUUUUUCGGCUCCAUUCCUUCCAGUUAAAUUCAAGGACUUCUUUUUCGGUGAUCAACUAACAUCACUUUCAAUUGUACUGAGCGAUUUAGAGUAUGUCAUAUGCUUUUUCGUUUCAGAUUUAUGGACAAGAGGUGAUGUUUGUUGGAGAAUUAAUCCUUAUGUCAAACCGUGCCUAGUAUCCAUUCCACCACUAUUGCGUGCUCUUCAAUCACUUCGUCGUUUCAAAGAUACAAAACAAAAUAUUCAUAUGAUGAAUUUUGGUAAAUAUUCAUUAACCAUUUUAGCCACAGUCACCAGUUCAAUUGCAAAUAGUAAAAUUACAAGUAACGAAGCACAAAAAAAUGGUACUUUAGCACUAUGGAUUAUAAUAUCUAUCGUCAGUACCAUUUAUUCAUUAUGUUGGGAUUUCUUAAUGGAUUGGGGUAUCUUUAGAACUCAUUCUCGUAAUUUCUUACUCCGUGACCACCUCUUUUAUAGACAUAAAUGGGUUUAUUAUUUCGCUUUAAUUACAAACACUCUAAUGAGAGGUUCUUGGACCAUUAAUGUAUCUUUUGAAGCUCUCUCAUCAAGAACCAAGGAAUUAAUAGUUUUAGCUACUGCCGUUAUUGAAGUUACAAGAAGAUUUCAAUGGAAUUUCUUCCGUUUGGAAAAUGAACAUCUCAAUAAUGUUGGUAAAUUUAAAGCAUUUGAUUUGAAAAUUCCAGAGACAUUUAUAAUCCCACCAAUUAAAAAAGAUAAAGCCAAAGACAAAGAUAAUAAAAAUAACAAUAAUAAUAAUAAUGCAAAUAACGGUGGCAACUCAAAUGAAAAAGAAAAACAAAUUACAUCAGAUGAUUUAGAAAAUGGGACAAGCAAAAAUGAAGGCACAUUUGAAAUCGAACAACUAUUAGAUAGUGGUAAUGGUUUAGAAUGUGAUAUUAUGAACAGUAGUAUUAUAAACAAUAGUUUAUGUAAUGAUGAUGGUGAUGAUGAUAAUAACAAUAAUAACAAUAAUACACCCUUAAAAAAUCGUCAUACUUUUUUUAAUGAUCAUCAGUCUAGUGAUGAACACUCACCUGACGAAGAAUCAUAAAAUAAAAAUACCCCACUCCAAUUUUUUUCACCACCACCAAUCCC